CCAGUCCCAGGGAAGAUGGAGAACACCUACGACUAUCUCUUCAAGCUGCUGCUCAUCGGCGACUCGGGCGUGGGCAAGACCUGCCUGCUCUUCCGCUUCACCGAGGACGACUUCAACAACACCUUCAUCUCCACCAUCGGAAUUGAUUUUAAAAUCAGAACAAUAGAACUAGAUGGGAAGAAAAUCAAGCUACAGAUAUGGGACACUGCAGGACAGGAAAGAUUUCGCACAAUCACGACCGCAUACUACAGAGGAGCCAAGGGAAUAAUGCUGGUAUAUGAUAUCACAAAUGAAAAGUCUUUUGACAACAUUGAAAACUGGAUAACGAACGUAAAAGAGCAUGCAACUUCAGAUGUAGAAGGAAUGAUCCUGGGUAAUAAAUGUGAUAUGAAUGAGAAAAGGCAAGUUUCGAAAGAAAAGGGAGAAAAGCUAGCAAUUGAUUAUGGAAUCAAAUUUCUGGAGACAAGUGCAAAAUCAAGCAUAAAUGUGGAAGAGGCUUUCUUCACUCUUGCACGAGGUAUUAUGACAGAACUCAACAGAAAAAUGAACGACAACAGUUUAGCAGGUCCAAGUGGGCCAGUGAAAAUAACAGAAAACAGCUGCUUUGAUGAACUCCUAAUAAUAGACUGCAGCAUACCUAGAAAAAAAACCCUUUUCCUGCUUCUCUGA